AUGCAAGAUGUCUGCUUCCCCACUGGAUCCUUCAGAGCAAAAGAGGUUCUCAUAGUAGCUGCAAAUAUGAUCCUGAAUCUCCUCCUUUGUGCUCAACACAUUGUUGUCAUCAUCCACCAGAUUUGCAAUGGUAUUCUGCCUCCUUCUCUGCAUUGUAACAGCAUGGAAGUACUUAGUGUUAGAAUCACCCUCUUUGAUCCACUAAAUUCUAGCCUUCUGGGCCCAAAACUCUUCCUUAGUUAUCCUAUCCAAAGCUCUCCUCAAUCUCUCCCACUCUCCCCAAUCCCUAUCCUUGUCCAUUAUACUCAUCACUUCCAGUUUCUUUGUCACCUCCAGCUUCUCUUUAUGUCCAUGGUGUAUUUGCAUUUAUCGUUGCAGGCGAAUACACCCGUUACACAGUUUGAGGAUUUUACUCCUUGUUACGGGGGAGUGUUUGAUGUCGAGGAUACAUCGACUUCUCAUGUACCUAAUUUUGGAGAAGGGACAUCGAGAGAAUGGGCCGAAUCAGAUAGAUCGGUUAAUGAGGAGAGUGAAGCCGAGUUCUUCGAAGAAGAACACCCAUUUCCUAGCGGUGGUCGGCACAUAUACCGCGAGAUGGGUGAAUGGGACCCCUCUAGGAUAGAUGCAAACGAGUAUGCUUAUCCACUCUGGAAUGGCGACAUUGAGUCCAUACGUUUGAAUACAGUAUUCCGGAGCAAGGAAGAAGCUCAAACGGGUAUAAUGGCUUGGAACGUCGAUAGGUUGCGGGAGAUUCGGACAAAAGAUUCAAAUAAGAAGACAUUCAAAGUGGUCUGCAACUCGAAUGCUGAUGUGCCUUGUCUGCGGAAGGCUCGGGUGAAUAAGGCCAAACGGCGUGAUGAUUUGUGGGAAGUAACUGAAUGGACUGACCAACACACUUGCAUGCAACAGGUCGACAGAAAUGACCACAGAAACGUGACCGCCCAUAUGAUUGCGAAUCUUAUAAUUAAUAAGAUUCAGAGGAAAGUGGAGUACAACAUUAUGGUCCAGGCUGAUGUGAAGCAGUGUUGGAAAGUCGACGUCAGUUACAAGAAGGCAUGGCACGGCAGGAAAAAAGCAAUCGAGUGUGUGUACGGUAGUUGGGAGUCGAACUUCGCAGAACUCCCUCA